CGUCUAUUGUAGUCGUAAAUCGUCGCGCUCUGAUGGUUAUUGAUCAUAGUUUUCAUGUGUCCAAUCCUGUCGGAGACUCAUUUUCUUUAGUCUUUAAUGGGAGAAUUCCCGCAGCACAACAAUCGACUUUUUUUCUCACUCGUGCAAUUACCACCCUUGAAUAUGCGAAAGUUUUUACCAAGUGUUUUAGCGAAGAGCAAAGUGCUCCCUCGUUAAAGAAGUUUGUUUUUGGGCGAAUCUUGACUAUAUUGGUACAAGUAUCUUUGAACUUGUCGUACAUAUUGAAUAGGAAAAGCUGAACAAUCAAGCAUCCCGAAAAAAAGAUGCGUGCAACUCCUGUCUACUCCUUGUCAACUCCCUCCUCAAAUGGCAAUGUUAAUGCGGCUCAUUCGUUCAUAUUAAACAUUUCCAAUCCCUGUUGGAGCAAAGUCUUUAAACCAUCUCAAUUAACCAAGAUCCAUAACGACUACGUGAAAGAGUUGCCACCUGUACAACAAGAAAUGAAGACUUUUCAUAAAAACUUCAAGAACAUGACUGAUGUGGAACAACUUUGGAACAUUGCUGAAGAGCAUCGAUUUCAUCCAAUCGCCAAAUUUGAUCUCGACUGGUCUCGACGUUCGAUCCUCGAUAUCCUUUCCUCUUAUCGCUGGGGCAGCGUUCAGCGUGCAGCAGUGUCAGGCGGCGAACGUGACCUCAUCAUGUUGAUUUGGCGUGCUGUGGAUAUGUGUUUUCAGAACCUUAAAGUGGAUUCAUUAAGGUAAAUCUCAAGUUUAAUUUUAAUUGGUAUAGUAGGGUUCUCGGGACUGAAAGUAACAAAGGGAGUGUGUGUCUAUUGCUUUUUUGCUGCUGGGUGCAUUGUACGCGCAGCUCACUAAACAGAGGGCCAACCCACUUUAAACAAAUUCGGACUCACCCCAGAACAGGAAUAAGAACCAGCAAGAAGAUAUAC